UCCCCUCAGCGGACGGGCCCGCGCCGCCAUGGCUGCGGGCGAAGGGCCCAAGCGGCUGGCGCGGCUGGCGCGGGCCGGCAGGCUGGACCUGCUGCGGGAAGCGCUGCGGCCGGGCGAGGCGGCGGCGGCGGCGGCGGCGGCGCUGCUGCUGCCCCACGCGGCCCGCCACGGCCGCCUCGACGUCCUCGCCUACCUCGUGGAGGGCCUGGGCGCCGGCCUCGAGGGCGUCGACGGCGACUACAAGCGGCCCCUGCACGAGGCGGCCGCGGCGGGCAGCGCCGCCUGCGUCUCGUACCUGCUGCGGAAGGGCGCCAGCGUCGACUGCCUGAAAAAGGCCGACUGGACUCCCCUGAUGAUGGCUUGCACCAGGCCAAACCUGGAGGUGAUCAAGCACCUUGUGGAGCAUGGAGCAAACCCACUGCUGAAGAACAAGGAUGGCUGGAACUGCUUCCACAUCGCGAGUCGGGAGGGCCAUCUCCACAUCCUCCAGUACCUGCUGGCUGUGUCCCCGGACAGCUGGGACACGGAGAGCAGAAUAAAGAGAACGCCCCUGCACACGGCAGCGAUGCACGGCCGAUCCGACGUGGUGGAGCUGCUCCUGGAGCGGUGCCAGUACAAACCUGACAGCAGGGACAACUGUGGAGUCACUCCCUUUAUGGAUGCCAUCCAGAACGGGCAUGUGAACAUUGCCCGGCUGCUCCUGGAAAAACACCAGGCCUGUCCUUCAGCCGUGGACGCGCUGGGCGCUCAGUCUCUGCACCUUGCGGCUGUCACGGCCCAGGAUGGAGCCAUCCGCUUCCUCGUCUCCGAGCUUGGUGUCGAUGUCAACGAGAGAGCGACGGAGCUCCGACUCACAGCGCUCCACUAUGCAGCCAAGGAAGGACAUGCACACACCAUCGAGACACUACUGUCCCUCGGCGCCGAUGUCCGCGCAAAGGAUGGGAAGAGCCGUUCCGCCCUGCACAUGGCCUGCGCAGGGCAGCACGCGACCUGCGCACGGAUCCUGCUCCGCGCCGGGCUGCGGGACUCCCUGGACAGCACGGGCACCCUGGCACGGCAGCUUGCAAGGAAGCCAGAUGUCAUCCAAGUUUUCCAAGAAACGGAUGCUAGUGCAUGAAACCAACCGAAGAAGGACUGUUGCAUUUCAGCAUGGGCUGAACUACACCUCUGCAGCUCUGCUUGUGCAGCAGUCAGCACAUCCAACUGGCUUGAGACUGCAGCCCCCCAAAAAAACGCUCAGGGAAAGUGCUGCAGGUGCCCUGGGUAGAUGACCUCUGGGGACCUAUGUGGCUUGAAGCCGUUGGAGCCUGCUUAGCUCUUCGUGGGUUGUUUCAGUACAUCCUGAAGGGAAGGAUAAACCUGGACCACUGAUUCCUAAAGCCCUCUGUGGACCUCCUCUUCAUGAACCUGUUAAGUUGCUUUAAGUGACCUUCUCUUUCAGUAGCAUCCUGAAGGAGGCCAAGCGUGGUGCAACAUAGAUGAGCUUUUGGUGACUCUCCCUUCACCAGGAUCAAGAACUGCAGUAGGCAGUGCAGGAAAGCUUCGAGCUACCUCAGCCUCUUGCAUCCUUUCUGUGAGCCAAGCCUGAUCCCAAAGCCUGAUGAAAUCAAGAGAAAAACCUAAACGUUGUGGUGACAUCGAGGAUCUUCGGAUCAGGCUAAAAAAAAGAGGUAUUCGUUAUUGCAGACAACCUUGCUUGGCACUUCUCGCCACCAAUGAACUUAAGAAAAAUCUCACUCUUUGAAGUGCGUAGGGAGAUGGCUUAAUAUUUAAUGUGGCUGGUAAGUCUCUGACAGUCUGGAAUACGCAUAAAGCUAAGAGCUGGAGGGAUCACAGAGCUCCUCCAGGCCCUUUUAAACUGGAGCACUGGUUUGCAGGACACGGGACUGCUGGGCGGCAGCUUGCCAGGGCCUGUAAUCAGCAGGGCUGUAUUUGUUGUACAGUGGCGGCUUGUUCCAGUUUCUAAAUAUCCUUGCUGGAGGAUUUUUGGAAGAUGCUGCUGCUGCCCCGGGAGCAGGUCCUGCCUGCAAAGUCCUGCUUUGGGCCCUGCAGGUGUAAGUCUGUCUUUCCCUGUCUUGCUUCCCGACCUGUGAAAAGAAGGAGAUCCUUUUCCAGCAGAGAGGGAAAAUAAAUCAAUACUGGAAGGGCAAAGGAAGCCGCAUCAGCCUCUGGACAGACUAGGAAGUGGCUUUAUUCCUCUUGAGAUCCUGAAUGCUUCUCUAAAUCUGGCCCUGGCCUCCGUAAAGCAAAUCAGUAAUACUGCAGCCUGGUCCAUGUGAGCACAAGUGGCUGCUUCAUUCCCAUUUUUCAUGGUUUUCCCAACCCAGGAAGUAGCUGUUCCUCCCUCGUGGCCUGCUGAUGAGCACAGAUUGCUUUUAUGAGGAACCAAAGGAGAACGUUUUCCUCUGUCUGUUUCUAGCUUUCCUGGCCAUAGCCUUGGAAAUAUAAAAGGGAAU